AUGUUACAAAGUAAAAAUCAACUAUUACCAUAUAAUAAAGUUCAAGGCGUUGCUUCGUCGAAUGUUCAUGCAUAUUCCAAUGGUGAUGAUGAUUUUUUCUCCGUCGAACGUCAUUAUUUACACGGAAUUUUUAUGGGUUUUAAAUGGCAGUGCGUUGAGUUCGCUCGUCGAUGGUUACUAAUGCGUAAAAGCUGCGUUUUUCCACCUAUUCCAUGUGCUGCCGAUAUGUGGAACGACUUGAAAUACGUCGAAUGCGUUAUCGAUGGUAAACGAUUCCCAUUGAAAUUUUAUCCGAAUGGUUCACCACAUCAACCUAAACCUGACUCAUUACUAAUCUAUCCACGUAAUGCUGAAUUACCUUUCGGUCAUGUGGCGGUCAUCUGUGAUGUCGUUCCCGGUUUUGUACGCAUUGCCGAACAGAAUUAUAUCUAUCAUAGCUGGUCAGAUAAUUAUGCGCGUGAAAUUCCUUUAGUAGAGAAAGAGGAUGGGAAUUACUAUAUACAGGAUGAAGAUGAUAUAUGUGGUUGGAUUGAAAUUGAUGAUAAAGAUCAAUUGCAACCAUUGGAUGAAACGAGACUCGAUUUGAUACUUAAACAAUAUCAAGAAGCGAAUCCGAUUGGCAAAUUAGAACGUUCAUCCAUAACUGAUAAAAGUUUUCAUCAAAUUGACCAUUGGUUAAACGAAGACGAUCCGGCUGAGAAAUAUUUCAUUCAAUUAUAUGGACCUAAUCUAAUUCGUGCUGAUACGGAUACUUUACCUUAUUACAAAGUUGAUCAAGAUUUGACUUUAUCUAUUGGAGCUACAUCAAAUGAACUACACCAGAUGUUUUUAGAUGCAACGAACUAUGUCGUGGAAAAUGAUGAUAUGUUGAAACGCUUUUGUAUACCAGAAGUGUUCUGGCCGAAGAUUCGUCAAUCGUGGCUGAAUGAUAAAGACUUAUCGUUGACGGGAAGAUUCGAUUUAGCAUUUGAUGGGAAACAAUUGAAGGUUUUCGAAUACAAUGCUGAUAGUGCAUCGGCCUUAUUCGAAUUCGCUGUUAUUCAAGAAAAGUGGGCACAAGCCGUCAAGCUCGAAAAUUCAUUUAUGUCUGGCUUUCAAAUUCAUCGAUUAUUGCUCAAAAACUGGCAAUUGAUUUGUUCACAUUUGAACGUCAAACGUGUUCACCUUCUAAUUGACAACGAUCAAGAUGAAAUCUUAACGUCAUUAUACAUGCAAUAUGUUUUAAAACAAGCAAAUAUUGAUUCGAAAUUGUGUAUCCUGUAUGAUGAUUUGUAUUGGAAAGAUUCGAAAAUUGUAGAUAAUGAAGGUCACGAGGUUCAGCUGAUAUGGAAAACAUGGAUGUGGGAGAGUAUAUUUACGGAUUAUUUAGAAGCUGGAAAAACAGGAGAAUUAAACAAGAAAAUCAAUGGCGAACAUCCGCGUCUGUGUGAAAUUGCAUUAAACGAUCAGAUUAAGAUUAUUGAACCAUUAUGGAAAGUUAUUCCAAGUAACAAAGCAAUUUUGCCUGUCCUAUGGUCAAUGUUUCCUAAUCAUCCACAUCUAUUACGUAGCGAAUGGACAUUACCCGAUGACUUAAAACAAGCUGGGUACGUGAAAAAGCCGAUCGUUGGACGUUGUGGUCAUAAUGUAACAUUAUAUGAUGUCAAAGGUGAUUCUGUUCUGGAUGAAACACAAGGCAAGUUUACAGACCGUGAUUGUAUCUAUCAACAACUGUUCACCUUACCGAAAUAUGAUGAUUACUAUGCAAUUAUCGGUAGUUGGAUUAUUCAUGGAUUAUUUGCUGGCUUUGGCAUACGUGAAGAUAAAAAAUUAAUUACCGACGCUGAUAGUCCAGUGACAGCGUGUUGUAUAGUAUGGAAAUAG